AGUGCGGACACAUUGGCCGGCGCAGCGCACAGCGAGGCGCGCACUGCCCCAGGCGGCUGGACCCAGUGGAGGCAGCGCGCCGCCGCCCAGCCGCCCGCAGUGCCGGACUCCGGCCCGAGCUCGCAGAGCCCCAGGGUCUCUCCGCUGGGCUCCGAGGACCCGGUCCCCGGCCUGGGUCACAUCCCCCGGGCGCACGCGGCGGCUGCGGCGCUCUGGGCUCACCAUGGUGGCAACGCGUGCCGUGUGCCCGCGCGUCGCCGGCCACCCGAGCCGAAGCGCCGGCUGAGCGCUGUCCUUCCGCAGACCCCUGGCCCCUGCCCGGCCCCUGCCCGCCCGCGCGUCCCCUCCGGCCGCAGCUGUCUAUGGCGCAGCCCCCCUCCCUGGAACAUGCACAGAAACUUUCGCAAGUGGAUUUUUUACGUGUUUCUCUGCUUUGGCGUCCUCUACGUGAAGCUGGGAGCACUGUCAUCCGUGGUAGCCCUGGGAGCCAACAUCAUCUGCAACAAGAUUCCUGGCCUGGCCCCGCGGCAGCGUGCCAUCUGCCAGAGCCGACCCGAUGCCAUCAUCGUGAUCGGGGAAGGGGCGCAGAUGGGCAUUGAUGAGUGCCAGUAUCAGUUCCGCUUUGGCCGCUGGAACUGCUCCGCCCUGGGCGAGAAGACCGUCUUCGGGCAAGAGCUCCGAGUAGGGAGCCGUGAGGCCGCUUUCACAUAUGCCAUCACCGCAGCAGGCGUGGCACAUGCAGUCACGGCCGCCUGCAGCCAGGGCAACCUGAGCAACUGUGGCUGUGACAGGGAGAAGCAAGGCUACUACAAUCAGGCGGAGGGCUGGAAGUGGGGCGGCUGCUCAGCUGAUGUGCGAUACGGCAUCGACUUCUCCCGGCGCUUCGUGGAUGCCCGAGAGAUCAAGAAGAACGCCAGGCGCCUCAUGAAUCUCCACAACAACGAGGCGGGCAGGAAGGUUCUGGAGGACCGCAUGAAGCUGGAGUGUAAGUGUCACGGCGUGUCGGGCUCCUGUACCACCAAAACCUGCUGGACCACGCUGCCCAAGUUCCGAGAGGUGGGUCACCUGCUCAAGGAAAAGUACAACGCCGCCGUGCAGGUAGAGGUGGUCCGUGCCAGCCGCCUGCGGCAGCCCACCUUCCUGCGCAUCAAACAGCUGCGCAGCUACCAGAAGCCCAUGGAGACGGACCUGGUGUACAUCGAGAAGUCACCUAACUACUGUGAGGAGGACGCGGCCACGGGCAGCGUGGGCACACAGGGCCGCCUGUGCAACCGCACCUCGCAGGGUGCCGAUGGCUGCGACACCAUGUGCUGCGGGCGCGGCUACAACACGCACCAGUACACAAAAGUGUGGCAGUGUAACUGCAAAUUUCACUGGUGCUGCUUCGUCAAGUGCAACACGUGCAGCGAGCGCACCGAGGUCUUCACCUGCAAGUGAGGCUGCCGCGCACCUGCCCUGGGUGCCCCGGCCCACCCCAGCUCUCAGCAUUUUGCACAUCCUUUCCUGCUUCCAGCCCUGCCAGUUGUGGGCAGAGGCAGGUGGAGAGGGUAGGAGCUCGGGGUGCAGCAGGGGCCUGCACCUACUCCCCAUGCUCCAGGCUCCUUCUUACCAACUCUGUCCCCUCCAGUGGCAGAGCUGUGUGCCCUCAACCCACCCAACAUCCAUGGUCAGUGGUCUGGUACCCAAUGGAGACCAGCAAAUUCCUUUUCUUCUCUUGGGGAAAGUGAACCUCAAAGUGACCAUGAGACACUGAGGGUCACCUCCCUGCCUGGUGGCUGGACACAGAAAGCCAUGCCUACCAUUUGCGCUCAAAACUCUUUCCCAGGCUGCAUCUCAUGGGCCCUGGGCAGUGUGGAUGGAUGUUGACAAGAUUAUUUAUGUUCUCUUAGCAUCAGAAGAGGAUUUGUACUAAUGACCAUGUAGUCAGUCCUAACUCUGUACUCGGAGGCCACCCCACUGCCAGCUCCUCCCCUGAGGGUCCUCUGUCGCCUGCAGAUCUGAGGGGCCGGGGUUGGCAGGGAGGCUGACUAUGUGUGUGGGCCCCAGAGGUGCCCUGGGAGGGGUUGUGGGGGCCUGCAUGACCUGAGAGGGCCUCUGAUGAUAGCCCAUCUUACAUUCCUUUCCGAAAUUGUCAAGCAGAUCAAAUGUCACCUGUGCCAGGUUCCAGGUGUGCCUCAUCCUCUCCCCAGGCCUUUACCCUCCCAGCCCUCCACCACAGGCUUCCACCUCCAGCCCCUUCUACCCUGGAGCCAGCCUGACCCGCAGGACAGCACAGCAGGACAGGCAGGGCCCAGAGAGGUCAGGGACAGUUGUCCCAUCUGACAGAUGAGCACAGAGCACCCUGAAGAUUUACUGAAGACCCCAUGGCUCUGUGGAUUGUACCACCAUAGCCCCACCGAACCCAAGCUCUGGGGGUGGCCAGGGUGGCACGAGCCUGCACCCCCUUCUCAGUGCCUUUGGGGGGUUUUUGUCCUUCCACUCUGACCCUUACGUGAAAGAAUUGGCAUCCAGGGUUCCAAGGCUGUGCCUGCCAGGGCCCCUGCUGUUGUCCACAGACAUCUGCUCAAGGGUCCCCACACCAUGAGGAGACUCUCUGAUGUCCUAUUCACUUGCCUGAGACCUUUCAGAUGGGGGCAGAGAGGGUCCUGCCCGCUCAAGGCUGGGUACAUCCUCUCUGAAGCUCCCAGCCUCUCCUCCACAGCACAUGAUGGGCAGGGACUAUCCAGAGCAAGAGCACAGCUUGCUUCUGUCUUUGGUCACUCCCAUAGGCCGCUCUACAUUUAGAAUAUUUUUCAUAGCAAAAGCCCAUGGGAAUGUGGGAUUUGGUGACCACUGAGCCAGGCAGCCUGGACAUUGACUUGGGGAAGGUGACCCCUAUCUGCCCUUGCCCUGCAUCCAGCCAUGUAUCCCCAUCACACUGGGACACUCCAAGCCUCUGGGCCACUGGAACUGUCCCACCCUCCUCUCCUCCCUCCAUGUCCUCACCCCAAGUCCUGGGAUGCAGAAGUCCAUAUCCCAGUGUCCCCUGCCAAGGAGCCUGGUUAACUUAUAUUGUUAUAUAGCAUCCCUGUCCCUCGUCUGUCAUGUCUCUUAAGUUAUUGUGACCUACACUGGGUACUGGAGGGGAUGGGGGGUGGCUUCGGCUGCUGUCCCCCUGAGCCAGGCUCUUCCUUUCUGCUUGAAAAGGACUCUCGGGGCCCUGAUGCCACCGAGGCAACUCGCACUGUCCCUGGGCCACCAGGCACCUGCACCUGCUGUCACAGCUGGCUGCAGCCCUUGCCCUGGGGGAGAGAAGUCAUCAGUGGGCCCAGGUGGGGCACUGGCUACCCCCAUGCUAUGUGCUGGGACAGAGGUGGCCGGGUCCUGCACGUCCUUGAAGUGCCCUACUUCUGACGGGCUGUGCUGCAGCCUCCCUUGGAGGGGAGCUCUUGGCCCCAAUAAAAGCUGGAA